AGCCACCAACCCCUUCACAGGUGACACCCCGUUCCCCACCCCAGCAUCCUGGUAUAAAACCCUCUUGCUCUGGGUGCUGCAGGGCAGCCUGGGCUGCGAGGAGGAGGAGGAGGAAGCCAUGGAGAGCAGUGUGAAGCAGGUGGUGGUUGAAGAGCCGCUGGACCCGGAGAAAGGCUGCUGCAAGCCAGGAUGCUGCUGCUGGCCCUGCGCCCUUUGCUGCUCCAAAUGCUGCUUGCCCCGCUGCUGCAAAUGCCCCAGUUGCUGCGGUUGCCACGGCUGUGGCAGCUGCGGCGGCUGCAUCAAGCGGUCGCUCUGCUUCGUCCCCCGCCUGCUCUGCUACCUGCCCCGCAAGCUCCUGGGCUGCACCCACCACCUCAAGUGCCUCCUCAUCACGGUGGUGGUGGUGGUCCUGCUGGUGGUCAUCAUCGCCGGCGCCCUGCUGAUGUGGCUGCGCGCUGACCAGCAGCACGCCGAUGCCGUCCUGUGGAUGGGGAUGAUGAGGGGACCAGCCUGGGAAGAGGAUGCGGCCACUUUCUACCUGGAUAAUGGGGAUGGAAACCCGGCCACGGUCAUCUAUGACUACAAGAAUCUGCUGGUGAGCUACAGAUCCCAGCUCCACCGCGCCUGCUACAUCACCCGCGUGGACAAGGACAACAUCCCGGGGCUGGAUGCCAUCGCCGAGAGCUUCCAGCGCCGGCAGGCUGAGGAGAAACUCGCUUUGCCCCUGGCUGAUCGCUCCUUCCUGGGUACCACUACCAGCAUCCUCUGCAGCAUCGUCCCCGUCUACUGGGCUUAGCCUUGCUGGGGGGGUACAAAGGGUCCCACUGCACAUGGGGGGCGAACAGGGGAGCAGCAGGGACCCCCACCCACCCAGCAGCACCCUCAAAGUGCCAAGUUUGCCUCGCAGCACCCCCAAAAGCCACAGCGUUGCCGCGUCCCCUCCAGCAGCGUCACCGAUAUCUCCGCAGCCGCCCCCGCCAGCAGCCCCCAACCCACCCCAAUUUUGGGGCCGUGGGGCUGAGUUGGGGGCUGUGGGGUGGGGAUGUGGCGCUGGGGGGGCUCUGCUUUGCUGUGUCCCUGCUGCGAGCCGGUGCCGGGGCGCUGGAGGCGGUGGGUGGGUGGCUGCUUGGGCGAGCGCUGCGCUGCGCCGGGGGGACAGCUGGUUUGUCACUUAAGUCUUCUCAGCUUCGCCAAACCGAAGUGCAAAAAUGAGCUUAAAAAGAAAAAACACAUGACAUUUAAAGAAACAAAAUUCUCCGUUCCGUUUCUUCGUUCCCCGCUCCUGCCUUCAUUUGCCUUGAAAAUGGUUUUAGGGGCUCUGAGCAGCUUUUAGGUGAAUUUCUGUCACAGCCACAGCUUGGGGACAUGCGGAAGGAACCCCCUGAGCAUCUCUUGGCACCAGGGCAUGGGAUUGACCCAAACUGCCCCGUUCCCCCUGCCAGAGCCAUCGCUGCCCUGGAAAAUGGAUCUGUCCUGGAAAAUGGAUCUGUGCCCUGCACAACUGAAUAAAGGAGAAGGGGAAGAACCA